UCCUCUAGCUUUCGAACUCUCUAGAAAAUUGAGCACCUCCUUUCUCUCAACGAGUUCAAGCCCCAUCUUCUUUUUUCAAAUCUCCCAAAUUCUUCUCUUUUCCGAUUGCUCUGAUUCUUUUGGAAGUUAGUUGGAGGGGUAAUCUGAGCUUGAGAAUUGGACUUUUGGUCAGCGAUUUCAUUGUAUAAGAUGCACUUCUGGUCAUCAUCAUACCAAAAUGCAGAAGUUUGUUUGUCUUUUACCUCUGAAUGGAUGCCAAGAAGUUCAUGCAAUUGGUCGAGGAGAAAAAGAAGAGAGCUCUUGAGAAGAAUGAAGCCCGCUUGAAAUGGGAGCAAAAACUUGAAGCUGCAGCAAAAGCGAUCUCUGAUGCUGAAGCUAGAGAGAAUGCCAAGGCGGCUAAGCAUAAAAGGAAAUCGGACUUGGAGUGUGGUAGUGCCAGCGGCACUGACAGUGGAUAUGAAGGGAAAAAAUCCGCCAAAAAGCACCACAAGAAGCAUAGGAAGCACCAUAGCUCUGAGUCGGGUGAUUCGGAUAGGAAGGAGAAGAAAUCCAAGCGAAAGCCUAAGAGAAGAUCCUCCGAUUCGAGUGAUGAUAGCAGUGAGGAAUAUGAUGGUGAUUCAGAAGAAGAGAGAAGAAGAAAGAAGCGGGGCCACAAAAAGCGCAGGCGUCAUGAUAGACACUCAGAUUAUAGUUCCUCAGACUCUUCCAGGAAACGAAGCCACACAAAGCAUCAUAAACGUCAGGGUAGGUUUGACUCAGAUGCUUCUGUCUCUUCUAGUGAUGAAGAAAAACUGAACCGCAGUAAUCACGGAAAACAUAGGAAACAUCAUCGCAGGUCCCAUAGUCAUGAUUCAAGGUCCUCAGAUUCUGAAGCUUUUAGGCGUGAUAGAAGUAGAUCCCUAGGUAAAUCUUCUGAUGAGAAUGAGGAACUAGAUAGAAAAGAAAAGCACAGGAAGAAUCAUCAUCGACAUGGCCAUCACCGUCAUCACCGUUCCAACCAUAAGCAUCACCACUCAGAUGAAGUGUCCAAGGACAAGCAUCAACCCCACAAAAAAGAGAAAAAUGAUGAGCCAGUGGAACGUGGUUCUGAGGUGCGCAAGGAAAGUGAUGGCAAUGGUGCUCAUGAUAUUCAGAAUGCUUAGGAUGUUAUGACUAUUUGCACCCAAUUCGUGUUGUUUUCCAUUUAACUUCAUUCUGUGGACUGUAAACUGCCAUUGCGAAUUACAGUUGUGCUGUAAUUUGUUUCGAUUGGAGGUCUAAAGCCCAUAUUUCGUUAAUACUGUUUAAUUUUUUGUAUGGACCAGAACAUUUAUGAUACUGGUGAUUCUGCUAUUGAUUAACAUAUUAAACAACGUGGGGCGAAAUAUUCCCUUUUUUUA